UAUAUUUAUUUUGUCAUCUAUUUGAAUUAUGAAUGGGCCACACGGAGGUUGCUUCUGGGCCGGAUGUGGUCCGCGGGCCGCCAACUGAACCCACAUUUUGUCACCUACCCCUGGUGGUAUGUAGCCAUGCAGAUAGCUUUGGUUUUGAGAUAUCGGUCUCUGAAACAUCAAGGAGCAGGGCCGGGGCCUGCAUAGCAUCCGCAUCCGACCCUCGCAGUCGUCCACGUCCAGUCUCCGCCCACCGUGAGCGCGCGGGCGGACGCAGCAGCUCCGUGAGGAGGAGGCUCCCGGGCGGCAGUUGCAGCUCCCCGGCAAUCAUCGAGGAGCUACCGCGCCUGUAUGUUUGUGUGUGAAGCAGAGGAGGAAGAGGGAGGGGACUGACAGGAGCAGGACGACCAACAAAAAAAGGUCGAGCAGUUAUGGUGCCAUGGACCACAAAGAUAAUCACACACCCUACAGAACUAACACGGGAGCCUGAACUGCCUUGCAGAAAAUGACUCAGAGAAAUGGAACGAGAGGGGCGAGUGAUCGCCGCCUCCACCCGCAGGCCUCCGUGGUUUAUGAGCAGGCCAACGGUAUGGAGCACGACAAAGUUCGAGAGUCAAAUGACUGUGAAUCAGAAGAGGGGUCACAGGGGGGUGAAUGCAGAGAGUCCGUGGCUGUAACGGGAGCAGUCACUGCUCCGGAUGGCGGGUGGGGCUGGGUGGUGCUGGCUGCCACCAUCAUGGUCCUGGCUUUGACCCUGGCGUUCCCCUCCUGUGUGGGAAUCUUCUACAAUGACCUGCAGAAUGAGUUUCGCGCCUCCAACAGCGAAACCUCCUGGGUGCCCUCCAUCAUGACGUCGGUGCUUCAUGCGGGAGGUCCCUUUUGCAGCGUGUUGGUGGAGAGAUUAGGUUGCAGAGCGACGGUCAUGUUGGGCGGAGUCCUGAGUGGUCUUGGAAUGGCUGCCAGUUCGUUUACCCAGUCCAUCAGCCAGCUCUACGUUACAGCUGGGGUCAUUACAGGACUUGGUUUCUGCUUCAGCUUCCAACCAGCUGUGACAAUCCUGGGGCAUUACUUUGUGCGUCGUCGUGCGUUUGCCAACGCCAUGUCCUCCACAGGCACAGCCCUGGGACUGUGCGCGCUACCUAUCCUGGGUAACUACCUCCACACAGAGCUGGGCUGGAGAGGGAGUUUCCUUGUUUUGGGGGCUGUCCUGCUUAACUGCUGCGUGUGCGGAGCAGUGAUGAGGCCCCUCCAGCCCCGCAAGCAUCGAGGCCAGCCACUGAUGAACCACGGACCCCCUCCGUCAGAGGAGGAAAAUGUGAGGAAGGAAAAUGGUUGGGUGAGAACGGCAUGGAGGUACCUGUUGGCUUCCCUGAGCAAACACAUGGCCUUUGAUCAGCUCUGCAACAACUCUCGUUACUGUAUGUAUGCCAUCGGCAUCACCUGGAUGAUGCUUGGGUUUGUGGUGCCCUUAGUGUAUCUGGUUCCCUACGCCACAGAUAACAACAUGGAGCAGGGGCGCGCUGCACUCCUGCUCUCCAUCCUGGGUGUCGUUAACGUCGUGGUGAGGCCGCCCAUUGGCAUCAUCUUCAACAUGCCCUGGUUCAAAGGGCGACACAUUUAUGUAUUUUCCGCAGCUUUGCUGGUCAACGGCCUCAGUAACAGCAUCUGCUGCAUCGGGCCCAGCUUUGCUGUAUUGCUGACUUAUGUGGUGAUCUACGGGCUGUCCAUGAGUGUGGUGGGCUCCCUGAUGUUCACUGUCCUCAUGGAUAUAGUGGAGAUGAGCCGCUUCCCCUCGGCUCUGGGCCUGCUCGCUAUCAUGGAGAGCAUCACGCUGCUCAUUGGGCCUCCACUGGCAGGAGUCCUGAUUGACCGUACAGACCAGUACUUCUACGUCUUCUUUGCCUGCAGUGCCGUUGUUGCCUCAUCCGCCUUGUUCCUCAUCGUGUCAUUUUACUGGCUGGACAAAAAGGACAGGAAGUCGUCAAAGCAGGGUCAGCCCCCCACACUGCCUGAACCAGCGAGACCCGCUGUUGACGUAGCACCUGGCUGUCAUUACAGCAGCGUGCCCACAGAGGGAGACAAAGUCAAGGCCUCGGCUAACGGGGCGGAGUAUAUCACCAGCCUCUGAACAUCCUCACACUGUACGUCACCCUUACAAGACGCAAGGUCAAAUAGUUUUUCAAAUCUUUCCUAAUGUUUGCACCAGCUUUCAUAGUGCGCCAGAUGCUGCAACGUUUGCUUUUAUGUGGUUAAAUGACACUUCCCCUGACCUGGUCCUCAUUUGAUCAACUCCCUGCAUCUGGUGCGCCAUAAAAGUCAAAACAAACACUAUGAAUAAUUUGCUCUGUUUGACCAAGGUCGGACACUUGAUUCUACAUACCAAAAUUAACAGAUGUGCACUUACAACUACAACGUGAUUGUACCGUUUAUUGUAAAAUGCUGCUGAUCUUGUCCAUGUGAUCACAAAGUCAAUCAGAUAUCUCACUUUAUCAAGCCACAAUGCACACACACACAAUCCUUUCGUUCUAGAUGUUUGCUGGAAUUAAAUGUCGUAUUAGUAUAUGAUGAGCUUACAGACACAAAGAGUGGGAUUUGAGUAGGCAAACUAUGAUAUUAUAGUAGGCCAAGUGGUUGUAAUCAAAUAACAAGCAAAUUUAGCAAUAAUAUGAGAUGGAAGGAUCAGGAAGUCGCUCCCGGAGAGUACUUCAUUAUCAAGUGUUAAAAGAGAAAGCUGUUAUUCUAUAUUCUUUAUUGUCAACAAAUCUCAGAUAAAAAAAGCCGACAGUGUGUAAUUAUUCCCGGAUUAACCCAACAGAUAAAAUGAGCUGUGGCCUUCCAGUUCCCAUGCUACUGUUCUGGAGUACUACCAGGCCCCAAGCGCAACUCAGUGCCUCAACAUUAGGUAACAAACCAGAUUGACACAGUGCCUGUUUGUGCCAGUUCAGCCUGGUUUCCACUUCAUUUCAGUUCAGCGAACAAAGCAGCACAUGCUUCACAGGGCUUUUUGUGGCUGAUUCCAAAAGUUAAAUGUGCUGUCUCUGCCUUAAGUUUAGCACGGCAUCUCCACCUGGUGCUGUUUGAUUAUCAGCUAAUAGAGAUUCUACAUCAUAUCACCACAGUACUACGGCUUUGUUUUAAAAAUGCACAGCUUUUGCUACAUUUGCACCUCCUGUCCAGACUGAAACGUCAAAUCUGAAGACAUAAAAACGGAGAAAACGCUGCCAACAUCAUUGUAGCGUUUUAGUGUGGACAGGCGAAAACAGAGGACUUUAAAAAUGAUGACACAGAAACUCAUCUGCCUUUCUGAUUGGGUCUGAUUGGGUCUUAGGCCCUGUCUACAUGAACACGGGUAUUUUCGCGGGUAUCAGUUCAAUGAAACCGAACAUUUUUGAAUACAUUUACGCUCCGGUUGUACUGUUGUCGUGUAGACAGUAAAGUAAGUUUAUGCCUUGCAAUGUCAGUGUGCGCCGUUAUCUGCCGUCUUUGAUGUCAGAUUGUGUGUGCGCCACUCCCUGCUUAGUUUGCCAUUUUAAUAGGGUCUGAUUGGCCAACGUGGCUUUACGGUUAGGGUCAUACCGCUGCCUGGUGGUUUGGCAUGCUCUUGACAGUGCUUGAUAGCGUGCUUUUGCAUUUUCGUGUAGACAGAGAUAUUUUUUUAAAUGAAGGAGGAAAAACUCAGUUUAUAAAAAUACCCGUGGAUGUGUGGACUAGGCCUCAAAAGUCAUGCAAAGCAAAAGCACAAAUCUACUGAUGUGUGUGUUUUUGUUUUGGUAUUUUCAUUAAAAUAUUUUGUACUGUGCAAAUAACACUUGUACUGUGUUUUGUUGCAGUCCAGUCUGUUUCCUUCGCCAAAUCUUCUGCAACUAUAGAGCAGAGAAUUUGCUUCCUAUUUACACCUGCAUGCGCAGUGUACGUGAACGGCCACUAGAUGUGAGUUUUCAGUCGUUUUAACAUGGACUGAGAUCAACUCUGAAACACAGCUUAAACACUGCUGUGGACAGAGAUUGUUUUCAUUUUAAAACUCCAUUAUUAAACAAAAACAGUAGUGUGGAUGAAGCCUAAGUCAGGCUCUUGCAGCUUCAUAACAAGCUGCAUGCUGACAGAGCCAAAUAGAGCGCAGCCAUUGUGAUUAAGCGUUGCAUGUUUAAAAACAAAUGGCCGUAAAACAUCUGACAUACAGUUAUCCCGGGGAACCUUCUGACUUCCCCGCCUGUGGCACUCCCAAACCCAGUGGUUCAUAUUGUAAUAUUUAAAUCUUUAAAAAACAGUCUAAAAUAAAUAUAUAUAGCGCUGGAUGAAUCCACACGUCGUGCUCUAGUGAGUGUUUGGGGCAGCAGGAUCUGGGAUUGAGUCAAAAUAAACUACAGCGUGUGUGUUCAUGGUGAUGAAGGAACACGAUGUGUUUUUAAUAGUUCUUGGACAACAAUGGAUCUCCACGGCUCAGAGGAAGAAGAUAUAUCAGGUUGUGUUACACACUACUUGUUAGGAAAUGCAUUCAUUGCUGGUUCGGGUCUUUUCAUGGGAUUUGUUGACGAUAAGAAAAAUAUAGACCAUCACAAGACUUAUCUUAUAAUUAUCAGUACCUAGAGACGUAGACGUUUAAACAGGCAGAACAGGAUAUAGAAAACGAGACUGCUUGCUUUCGGGGUCUUUUUGAUAUCUUCACCUUUAAAGUAGGAAGAUUAAUUUCCUAUGUCUUGUGAAGGUAUUAAACACAGCAUGCUGAGCACGUUAGACCCAUGUCGAUGAAGGCAGAUAUAAAAAAAAGGCUGAAUCUGUUUGCCAUUCAUUUUCACUUGUUUACUGUUUACGCAGUAAUUGAUCAUCAUUUUUGUUACUUUGCUUUUCAUUCCUUAAUGGAACAGUGCCUUUUUAUAUAACUGGUGUAUUUUUGAAGGAUAAUCUACAACCACAGGAUGAUAUCGAACCUUUACAGAAGGAUAGACGCAGAAGAGUUCAUGUUGAAUGUCAACUUGUCAGCGGUUUAAAACAUUUAGUGAGAUGAAUAUUUUGAAGGCACUGAGGACUCAGCAGCUCACAUGUUCAAACUCGUUUUUUGACACUGUAACUGAGUUCACUUCAGUUCGAAACAGACAUUUUAUUUUACAGAUUUAUCUUUUGAUAAAUUACUGGGGACUAUCACACCACCUGCACAGAUUGA